GUACAUACAUAUCACAACAUCACGUCCCACUUUGAAGCAUUCCCUCCUCUCGUCCUCGAGAAGGCGCCCCUCGCCAACGACGACGACGACGACGACGACGACGACGAAAAGCAACGAUCGCAGUGAUGAUUGCUGUCUAUCGCAAUGCACGUGUCAGCUCAUCAUGGCGGCACCAUCCGCGUCGUCGUCGCCCAAAUUCGGUGGCUCGCGCGGUCCCCUGCAGGAUUGGCCGGGCGCACGGCCCAUUUCGCCCCGGUUCCCUCGGCGGGUCUUGCGAUGGCGCGCGGCGAUGGAUGGGGAGUGGGGAGGGAGAGAGAAAGAGGCAGAGAGAGGCUGAUUUAUCGACGCCCAGGUUCGGAAUUUCGAUGCACUGUGCUGCACGGGACCUGCAAGCCACGAGAUCCAUGGGUGCUGCGGCGGCGGUGGCGGUGGUGGUGGUGGUGGUGGCAUCUGCCCGGGUGAAGACCCAAUGCCUUUGUCUCAGGUUAAGGAUUCUCUUUGUCGAGACGGAAUUUCAACGUUCGUUCAUACUGGAAUAUUCUGUUUCGUCUUCCGAGGUUCACAUCUUUGGCCCUCACGAGGAUGACAAUGGGUUGCUCGCUUGCUCCAAGAUCAGCAGCGGUGGCGACAUCCCAGCACGAACCACCAACAGCAGCACCAACAAAAGCGACAGCUGCUACUGCAGUAAGACACAGCAAUACUUGGUGCAUACCAACAAGGACGAUACAGUCACUGCUGCUGCUGCAGCUACAGCGACAGCAUCGCCAACGAACGCGACCGUUGUUAAUCACUCCUGGACCUGGACCAAGGCGCCUCCGUGGCCCCCGUCAGCACUAAGUAUUGUCCCGCAAUCAGAUCGCCAGGAUUCCGCCCUUUAGACUUCACGCCAUGUCCUUGGUGUCUCAUCUAGUCUCGGUUUGGAGGCAUUUGGACCAAUCUGCCAUUUCCGCUGCUGAAGAUGUGGAUGCGCAGAAGUCGAAACGCGCUGGCUUUCCCUGGCAAACUUGCAACUCCCCAUCGCAAGAUCCGUCGUGGUCUACCAACCGCCACCAACAACAACAACCGUGGGAAGGUCGACUUUCAUCUGCACUUUUUGUCAUGACU